AUGCUCUUGAUAGGUAUUACCAAACUGAAAGCAAAAAGAGUUUUGAAUAAAAGUGGUACAGAUACUCUUCUAAAGAAAAAAUUUAUUAAGCCCUACAAAAAUUAAGAACUUAAGUAAAAGAGUUCUCUAGAUGACGAAGAAAGUAAUGCUAGAUUAGUUUAGCUUAGAUAAAUCGCGGAUAGCUAUAUGCAGGUAACAUAUGAUGAAAGCUAAUCCCUGGAAGAUGCCUAAAAACUUUUUAGGUCAAUGCAAUCAUAAGAAAAUUUACCUAAGAAUUCUGAAGAACUAGUCUUCAAAUAAGGCUCAAUAUUUAGAAGUAAACUUUAGAGAUUAAAUUAGAGACUUAAUGAAUCUAUUUCUAAAAAUACAGCCUCGGUUAUGAUUAGCUAGCAUAUAUAAGAUCAGCAGAAGCAGAAAAAUCUGAAGUCUAUAGGAAUGCUUAAUCGAAAGUAGCCAGAAUAUCUAGAAUACGAAAAAGUAAAACUAGAAGAUUUGAUAACUUAAGAUGAGAUGAGCAAAUCAGUUGACCAUAGCAAUGGAGACGAUAAUUACUCAAGGUUUAAGGAUGCAAAAUCAUUGUACAACUUAACAAAAAAGGAACUUGAGGAUCUCAAAAUUAAAGUUUCUUAAUCCCCAGAGAAAUCUAAAAGGUUUUCAAACUUGAAUGACAACAAAAAUUUAACAAUCUUAAACCAAGUUAAUGAUUAGAAAAUUAAAAAAGUAGCAGGUUAAAUGAGUGAUUCAUAUUACUAAAAUGUAGCCACUAUUAAAAACAUAGAGAAUGAUUUGAAUUUUCCUAAACUAAUAAAAUUGAGGGAGAAAAAUAUUAUUAGAUUUAGAAUCAAGAAAUGA